AUGUCCUCCGAGCAGUCUUCCUCCAACGCCGACCUCCGCAGCACUGCCCAAGACUACAAACGCGACGCUAUUCGAAAGCAGAAGUGGGCCCUCGGGCCAGCUCUUAUCUCCUCUGGUCGCGCCGAGGGCAAGCCUCGUCCUCGCCGUCCUUCUGAAACAGAAUACAACUUCACACGCCGCAUCGAGAAAGGCGCAGUGGCGUCUCUUGCACAUGGCGCCAAAGUCGCACGGAAACAGGAUAUGCUGGAAGGUGCAGUCGACUCCUGUGGUAGCUCCGAUGAGUACGACGAAGCUGCUUCUCCCGCACCGCCUGUUGAUGCUGGAGUCACCUACUCUUUCGACGCCGCUUGCAGUCCAUCCAAGGGCUCCCAGAUUCUGAACGUCGCCCUCGCCAAGGCUGUUGAGAAGUUCGAAGAGCGUGAAACAGUCAAGCUGGUUAAGAGCGAGUACGCCGUUUUGGAUACCGAUGGGGAGGUCGUUCAGCCAACGACCCAGAAAAGACGCAAGAACAAGUCCAAGGCCGAACCACCCGUCACCAUGCCAGAUGCAGGCGAUGAGGACUACGAAUUUGUGUAG